UGCAAACGAUCAGUUCAACUUAGAGAGCCGAAAGCGAAGAAUGUCUAACGCAAUUGUAAUAUUCUCAACAAUAAUUUUUAAUAUCUGCGAACCUCAAAUUUGUUUUGAGGCACAAAAUAAGUCCUACGUAAGCAACGGCUUCAAUGAGAUAAUACUAGACAGCUGUGAAGCAAAUGUGGUUCAAGACAUAUUGACAACGAGUAGCUACUGCUAUCAGGUACCAUCUUCGCAGGAUGAUUCUAAACAUUCUCAGGAAUCCAUUUGCAAUAUGAACAGUGUCGAGGAAACAUACAACGAAAUUGAAAGCGAGGAAAUAAGUGAAGAGAAAAAGGAAGGUGAUGGCGGUGCUUUUCUGCUUUUGAUAUUAUUUGCAUUUAUUCUCGGUGCUGUUUCCGAAAAUGAAAGUGGACACAAAGGGUAUAGGCGAGUUUAUAAAAGAACUCGUUACAAUAAGCAAAGAUACAUGUAAAUUAAUAAAUAUGAUAUGGAUAUAAGAGAUAAAAGCACUCAGCUGACGAUUUUAACCGAAAGUUGUUUCUUCCAAAUUAUAAGUAAUUUUAUUAUGAUGAAGCGAUAAUAAAAAGCAGAAAUAAAUCAA